CGGCGCUGGGACCACGUCAGCUGUCCCCCAAGAUGGCGGCGACUGCGGCGCCGGGUGGGGAGGGCGGUAGCGCGGCCGCCUCCGCCCUCUCCAUGGAGCAGAUCGAGUCGCUCACCGACCUGGCAGAGCUGGAGGCCGCUUACAGCCGGCUGUGCGAGGAGGAGAAAGUCGUGCAGGAAGAGCUGGAUGCCCUCCUGGAGCAGCAAAGCACUAUAGAGAACAAGAUGGUUGCACUUCAUCGCAUGGGCCCUAAUUUGCAACUCAUUGAGGGAGAUGCCCAGCAGCUGGCAGGGAUGAUUACCUUUACUUGCAACCUGGCUGAGAACGUCAGCAGUAAAGUCCGCCAGCUUGACCUUGCCAAGAAUCGACUCUAUCAGGCCAUUCAGAGAGCUGAUGACAUCCUUGACCUGAAGUUCUGCAUGGAUGGAGUUCAAACAGCCCUGCGAAAUGAAGAUUAUGAACAAGCAGCAGCCCAUAUCCAUCGCUAUCUGUCUCUGGACAAAUCUGUGAUUGAGCUCAGUCGUCAGGGCAAGGAAGGGGGCAUAAUAGAUGCCAACCUGAAGCUCCUGCAAGAGGCAGAGCAGCGCCUGAAGACAAUUGUAACAGAGAAAUUUGACGCUGCUAUGAAGCAGGGAGACCUACCCCAGGUGGAACGGUUCUUCAAGAUCUUUCCUCUGCUAGGCUUACACGAAGAGGGGCUGAGCAAGUUCUCAGAGUACCUCUGCAAGCAGGUGGCCAACAAAGCAGAGGAGAACCUGCAGCUGGUGAUGGGGACAGACAUGAGUGACCGUCGAGCUGCUGUCAUCUUUGCGGACACCCUGACACUCCUCUUCGAAGGGAUUGCUCGUAUUGUGGAGACCCACCAGCCCAUUGUGGAGACCUACUAUGGGCCAGGGAGGCUGUACACCCUCAUCAAGCACCUGCAAGUGGAGUGCGACCGGCAGGUGGAGAAAGUGGUGGACAAGUUCAUCAAAGAGAGGGACUAUCACAGACAGUUCCAGCAAGUUCAGAAUAGCAUGAUAAGAAGUUCUUCUGCAGAGAAGAUUGAACCAAGGGAACUUGAUCCUAUCUUAACGGAAGUCACUCUGAUGAACGCACGCAGUGAGCUCUACUUGAGGUUCAUCAAGAGACGAAUAAUUGCGGAUUUUGAGGUGGGAGAUUCCAUGGCCUCAGAGGAGGUAAAGCAAGAGCAUCAAAAAUACCUGGACAAGCUCCUCAACAACUGUCUGCUGAGCCGCACCAUGCAAGAGCUCAUUGGCUACUACAUCACCAUGGAGGAAUAUUUCAUGAGGGAGACCGUCAACAAGGCUGUUGCCAUGGACAGCUACGAGAAAGGCCAGCUUACCUCCAGCAUGGUGGAUGACGUGUUUUAUAUUGUAAAGAAAUGCAUUGGGCGUGCUUUGUCCAGCUCCAGCAUCGACUGCCUCUGUGCCAUGAUCAACCACUCCACCACCGAGCUGGAGUCUGACUUCAGGGAGGUUCUAUACAACAAGCUGAAGCAGGGCUUUCCAGCCACGACCUUCCAGGACUUCCAGAGAGGAGUGACCAGUGCCGUGAACAUCAUGCACAGCAGCCUGCAGCAGGGCAAGUUUGAUACCAAAGGCAUCGAAAGCACCGAUGAGGCCAAGCAAUCCUUUCUGGUGACCUUGAACAACGUGGAAGUAUGCAGCGAAAACAUCAUGACCCUAAAGAAGACGUUGGAGAGUGACUGCAGCAAACUGCUUAGCCAAGGCUUUGGGGGUGAGCAAGCACAGGCCAAGAUCGACAGCUGCCUCUCUGAUAUGGCUGCCGUCUCCAACAAAUUUCGGGACCUGCUGCAGGAAGGCCUCAACGAGCUGAACAGCACAGCCAUCAAACCCCAGGUGAAGCCCUGGAUCAACCUGUUCCUCUCUGUCUCCCACAACAUCGAGGAGGAAGAGUUCAGCGACUACGAAGCUAAUGAUCCCUGGGUCCAGCAGUUCAUUGUCAAUCUGGAACAACAGAUGACAGAGUUCAAGGCUGGGCUGUCUCCAGUGAUUUAUGAUACCCUCACUGGUCUCAUGACCAGUCUUAUAGCCAUCGAACUGGAGAAAGUGUUGCUCAAAUCCACCUUCAGCAGGCUCGGUGGUCUGCAGUUCGACAAGGAGCUGAGGUCUCUCAUAGCUUAUCUGACCACAGUCACCACCUGGACUAUCCGUGACAAGUUUGCCCGUCUUUCCCAAAUGGCCACCAUCCUCAAUCUGGAAAGGGUGACGGAGAUCCUGGAUUACUGGGGCCCCAACUCUGGCCCUCUUACCUGGCGCCUCACUCCCGCUGAGGUCCGGCAGGUGCUGGCUCUCCGAAUCGACUUCCGCAGCGAGGAUAUCAAGCGGCUGCGCCUGUAG